GGGAGAACUACCACAUAAAAUUCUUCAAUAUAGUAAAGCAAAAAACAGAGAACCAAAGUUGAGAGAUGGCAGACGUGAAGUUGCUUGGUCUAUGGUAUAGCCCAUUUACUCACAGAGUUGAGUGGGCUCUAAAGAUUAAGUGUGUGGAAUAUGAAUAUAUAAAUGAAAAUCUAAGAAAAAAGAGCCCUCUGCUUCUUGAAUCCAACCCUAUCCACAGGAAAGUCCCUGUUCUCAUUCACAAUGGCAAGCCUAUUUUUGAAUCUAUGGUUAUUGUUGAAUACAUUGAUGAGACAUUUGAAGGCCCUUCCAUCUUGCCUAAAGAUCCUUAUGACCGUGCUUUAGCUCGUUUCUGGGCUAAGUUCCUUGAUGAUAAGGCGGAAGCGGUGAUUAAUUCUUUCUUUCGCAAAAAAGGAGAGGAGCAAGAGAAAUGUAAAGAGGAAGUUUGUGAAAUGCUGAAAGUUAUUGGCAACGAGCUCAAGAAUAGAAAGUUCUUUGUGAGUGACAAAUUUGGAUUUGCUGAUAUUGCUGCAAAUGUUGUGGGACUUUGGCUAGGAGUUUUUGAAGAAGUCUCUAGAGUGGUUUUGGUUACAAGAGAAAAAUUCCCAAAUUUUUGUGCUUGGAGGGAUGAAUACAUUAACUGCACACAAAAUAAGAAAUAUCUACCUCCAAGAGAUGAAUUAUUAAUUCCGCAUCUCAAACCUCGCUUUCAAGCUGCAACUGCUCCCAAACGACCACCUGCUUAAUCAUCUUUUCAAGUUUCGACAUUUUUGUGUGUCAACUGUUGGGUAUAUACCAUUAACUAUGCGUUUAGACAUGGUAUAUUAUAAUAAUUGUCAUGGUUAAAAGUCUAAGAGGGAGGUUGUUGGAUAUAUACUAUUAAUCAUGUGUUUGGAUAUAGUAUUUAUUAUAAGACAAAUAUUUAUUCAUUGUUUAAUAAAGAAUUAAAUAGAUCAUGUACUAGUAUGUGUGUCCUUUACUUAUAUAGUAGAUGAUUUAGUGUAUAGAGUUUACCUUAUACACGGAAGAUUAAAUCAUCGGUUCUUAUAAGUAUAAAAUUUAUGUUCACAAUCUAAGAUGGAAAUUAGACAAAGCUAUGAUUGUAGCCCAAGAUUAAUAUAAUGUAUCUUCAUUAUGAGAACGGUA